AUGGAAGACGAGUUAGAAGCAAUCUGGAAAAAGCUGUCCCUCACUGAAGAAGAGGACGAUCAGGUGGUGUUGGGUAGCAAUAGCACAAAGGCAGCAAAGGAGUUAGGCAGAAACUGCUUAGUGAUGAAAGUACUACCACGUAGGAGCAUCUCACUAGAUGCACUCCGAAAAAACCUGAGAAUGGUGUGGAAAACAAAUAAAAGUGUGCAGAUUUCUGAAGUAGAGGAUGAGGUGUUCAUGGUGGAGUUCGGGGACGGAAGAGAUAAAAAGAAAAUCAUGGAGAUGAGACCUUGGAGCUAUGAAAAGCAGUUGAUUAUUUUACAAGAAUUUGAAGGGGAGCAAACGCCAAAGGAAGUGGUUUUAAAGUGGUCUCCCUUCUGGAUUCAAAUACAUAAUCUGCCACUAAAAAGCAGAACGAAGGAAACAGGGUACUCAAUCAGUGCGACAAUAGGUGAAGUGGUUGAGGUGGACGUCGCAGAGAAUGGGGUGCAAUGGGGAAAGUGUCUGAGGGUACGAGUGAUGGUGGAUGUUACAAGAAGACUAAUCAGAGGAAAGAGGGUCAACAUCGAAGGAGUGGAAGGAAGGUGGGUUCAAUUCAAAUACGAGAGACUACCAAAUUUUUGCUAUCAGUGCGGGCUACUAAACCAUGACAUGAAAGAUUGCACUGAGGUAAAGAAGAGUGGCGACCAAUCUGAGAUGAAGGAGCUCUAG